CGGGCCGGCUCCGCGCGUGUGGCGGGGCCGGGCGGACACUCUGGACGCACCGGCGGGCGGGCAGCUCCUCUCCGUCCCUCCGCGGCUCCCCCUGCCCUCGUCCCCCGCGCUGCCCGGCGGGCAAAGCCGCCCCGCCGAGUCUUAGCAUCUUUUUCUCUCUUCAAAAUUAGGAAGUUUCUCUGAAGUCCAGUUCACCUCCAAGCAUUUAAAGGUUUUGGGACUGUGUUGAACCCUGCACCACCCCUGCUCGGCUGGACCAAAAAAAUACAUGUGAGCAGAAGCUGAAGGCUUUCUUCAAGACCUAAGGCUGAGUGGACUCUGAUCCUGCCCUGGGUGCCUGAUACUGUGAACAAGGACACUGAACCCAGAGAUCCAUUUCCCAUUCCAAGAAAGAUUAUGGCUGAACCAGACUACAUAGAUGAUGACAAUCCUGAAUUAAUUAGACCUCAGAAAUUAAUUAAUCCUGUGAAGUCAUCCCGGAAUCAUCAAGAUCUCCAUAGAGAGUUGCUUAUGAAUCAGAAAAGGGGUCUUGCACCUCAGAACAAACCAGAGCUACAGAAGGUGAUGGAGAAAAGGAAACGAGAUCAAGUUAUUAAACAACAAAAAGAAGAGGAAGCACAAAAGAAGAAGUCAGACCUGGAAAUAGAGCUACUGAAACGGCAGCAGAAACUGGAGCAGCUGGAACUGGAGAAGCAGAAGAUACAGGAAGAGCAGGAAAAUGCACCAGAAUUUGUCAAAGUCAAGGGCAACUUGAGGAGGACGGUCCAGGAAGCAACAGAAGCACCAGACUCCUAGAGCCAACGCCUGCUCAGACUUCAGCUUUCCUGCAGAGAGAGGCUUUUGCAAGUUGUCUCACAUUUGCCCCUCAAGAGGGAAAAUAGCAGCAUCCAGCUGACACUUACAGAAGAUGAGAUUUUUAAUUCCUGGGAUGUGUGGAUUAAAAAGACAGUAUCGCAAACAGAUCGACUUGCCAAAUACAGUCCUGAGAUCAGUGGAUAAGGAGUGUCUUUGUCAGUUCAGAGUCAUGGACCAGGCUGACAUGCUUUCUCAGAGAUUUGAACCAGGGAUACUAGAGAAACUCCUUCACUGUUGCACUGCUUUAACUCUUGUGAUCCUCAUUUAGUGGAGAUACACAGAUUAUAUUUUGCUUUAAAACAGAACAAAAAUCCUCCUGUGGUAUCAAGCUUUGCUGUGCAGGUAGAUUUCCUCCAUCUAGACCCACAGCUUGUGUAUAUCCCACAAUAAUUUGUAUUUAGUUGGAAUUUUUACUAAAUCUAGGAGGAUAUGAGGUGUGCUGAUUACUGCUGCCCAUCCCCACUAGGAUAGGUAGGUGUGGGAAAGAUGAGAAUGCUUAAAAUUCACCAGCAGUGAAAAGUUAAGCAGCCUUAAAGCCCAUUUCUUGCUGUUUGGCAUGUAGAAUUUGGGCUAUGAAAGAGUGAAAAUCUGAUGAUCCUUUCACAGGGAGACUCCAGAGACUGAUUUAUCUCUGUCUGUAAACUUACACUGUUGUGUACAGGCCUGUGAAGUGCUACCUGUGAAUUUACCUCUCAAAGCAAAAUGAUCUGUCUUCUACUUUUCACCUUUUGAAAUCCUGCUUACUUUGGUGUUGUGGCCUUUCUCCAAGGACAUGCUGAACAGAGUACAGUGGUAACACAUCACUUGAACUUGAGUGUUUGAACUCAUUUGCCAGAACUGAUCUGCCAUCAGUUCCUGCUCUCUGCUUGCAGACACUUGUUGCAGUUUCUGCAGUAGAGAAGUGUUUAAACCAGACCAAACCAGUUUACUGAAAUCUACUGAAAUGGAAUUUUUUCCCUAGAGUGAGGCAUAACAUGAAAUCCAUUUUAUCCCAUCCUUCAUUCAGCCUCAAGAGAGAAGGGAAGUGUGCUACCACUGAGACUUCGGGUCCAAUUCUGUCAUCUUCUGCCUUUCCACAAGUUACCCUGGUGACUUGCCAUUACAUAAAAUAUUGCUCAGCUUGCACGGGGAUGACAGAAUCUGAUCCUCCAUGCUUAUGACUACUAGUUAUCCAGGAAAGCCUGGGAUGAGGAGAGGGGAACAGAUUGCUCAUGUGGGGUUAUGGGAUUGGAUUCUUACCUAAUGUGAGUGGGUGCAGAUAUAUCCUCACAAUCUGGGGAGAAAUCCUCAUCUUCCUUGGUGGGAGCAGUCCUAGCUCUCACUGAAACUGUGUUCAUACAAACCUGCUGAGGAUCUAAUCCCUAGCCUUUGCCUUAGGAUGCUAAACACAAUAAAAUUUCUACUUUGUAAUUACAUUGGACAUAACUGUUUGAGAACACUUUUUAUUAAUAUCAGCAGUGGCAUGUUUGUGUUGUAAAGGUGUGGUGGAGGGUUGUUGGUUUGGUUUUUAUAGUUCCUUUUGCCUUUCCUGUAAGUAUUGGACAUUUUAAAUAUAAUUUCAGAUUAGCACUUGGGACAAAACACUCACAAUUAGAAAUGUUUCCUAGAUACAGAUUUUAAUUUGUUAAGAUACAGGCAUUUUUUGUGAGGACAUAAUCAGAUUGAGGGUAAAUUGAAUUGUGAUAAGCAUAUUGCCAUUGAUUUAGACUUGCAGUGUGACUCACGUCUAGAAGAUUAAAUGUGAAGAUGCUCUAACAGACUGCUCAGAUGAUGGACAUACAAAAGACAAAGGCCAAAUGUAAGACUCUUCCAUGUAUUAUCUCAACAAAGGAACACCCUGAAUGCUGCAGGUUCUUCCCUCUGUCCUUCCCUUCUCCUGGCAGGAGAGGAUCUUCUCUGGCAACACAUCAUUCCAACACUUGCACUGAUUUUGUUUCCUGUUGUUGAGACAGCUCUGUCUGAGCCUUCCAUGCCUCACUCAUGGUUCAUGUUAGCUGUUCCCAGCCUACCAAACAUUCUUCCUCUUGGUUUCAGCUCACAUUAACCUUCUGCUCAGUCUGGAAAAGUCUAGGAGUGAGUGAGGAAACCUCCUUCUGGCUUGAGCAGACCAAUUAGUGUUAGCCAUUUCCUCUUGGUGAUCAUGGCAAUCCCACCACACGUGCACAGUGAAGUGACAUCAGUGGCACUGGGAAUGGUGGGGGACAAAGACCCCCUUCUUGUCUUAAGUGGGUGUGGUGGAUUGGGCCCUCAAGGCUGAAGGCAGUCUGCUUUCUCCCCACAUUAGCUUCUGAUCCAGGGUAGAGUUUCUCUUUCUGAAACACAGGAGGCCAGAAAACUCCCUUGUACAUACAGCAUGAAAUUGAUUUUUGUUUUUCAUUGGAAUUAACUCUGUGUGAACAGAACAUCAACGUGUGUGUUAGAACAUCUGUGAAUCUUGCUAAUCCUUUUGUGUAGGAACCCCAGCCACCUUCAUAUCAAUUUUGACAGGCAAAAGCUUGUAUUUGAAGUCAGGAUUGGGCAACCCUUCAACAGGUGGCCAGUUAGUCACACCAUAAGUGUCCUGUGCAGCUACUCAAGUAAGAAUCUGCUUGGCAGUGAGCGUAAGCAAUUCCUGCUCUGCCCUUCAGCUGUAUGAGUUUUGAAGCAAUCCAGCAAAUACUUCAGUGAUCUGAAAAUUGCUCACUUACCACUUUGUACUUUUUUAAAAACUCUUGCUUUUGAUAGUAUAGUAGUAAAUUUUUUAGCAUUUUUGUGGCUUUAACAUUGUUAAUAUCUGCACUUGUUUGAGUGUACAUAUAUAAAUAUAUAUAAAUAUAAAAAGGGAGCCUUAAUGGAUUUGUUUUCAUAAUUUAAUAUUUUUUGUAUUUGCUCUUGUAUAAUUGUUUUUAACUAAAGGUAUUACAAGAAUGAGGGUGGAAUACUUAGAACCAAAGUUAUGCUUAAUAAAAUCUACUACAUGCUUGGUGUA